GUAAACAGGUUAUGAUAACUUAGUUUACAUCGGCCUUCUCGGCUAUGAUAUCGUGUGUUCAGUAGUUUUGUAUAUUUGUGCGCGCGAUGAUUUUCGUAUUUUUAGCUGUAGUAAUUAUUAUAAGUUUAUAUUAUUAUGGAACAAGGACGUUUGAUUAUUGGACGAAAAGAGGUGUUAAACACGAGCUACCAUUACCAUUUGUAGGCAACAAUUUAAAACAAUUCCUUCAAAAAGCCAGUAUGGCAAUGAUGGCCACGGAACAUUACAGAAAGUUUCCAAACGAAAGAGUUGUUGGAUACUACAAAGGGACCAGCCCAGAAUUAGUUAUUAGAGAUCCAGAAUUAGCGAAACGAGUGUUGGUUACAGAUUUUCAUCAUUUUUACGCUAGAGGUUUUAAUCCUCACAAGACUGUUAUAGAACCUCUCAUGAAAAAUAUUUUUUUCGCCGAUGGAGACCUUUGGCGAUUGAUAAGACACAGAUUCACUCCUGCUUUUAGUACAGGCAAGCUCAAGGCGAUGUUUCCUCUCAUCACGAAGGCAGCGGGAAAACUCCAACUUAUUACUGAGGAAAUCAUGAGCAGAGAAUAUUAUGAUGCUCGUGAACUCAUGGCGAGGUAUACCACAGAUUUUAUCGGUGAAUGUGGUUUUGGUAUUAAUAUGGAUUCACUAAGUGAUGAGAAUUCUCAAUUUAGAAGACUUGGUAAAAGAAUUUUUCAUCGUAGCUUUCGAGAUGCUGUCUGUGCUGCCCUUAAGAUUAUGUUUCCAGAACUAUGCAAGCAUUUAAGAUUAUUAGAUCCAGAAUUGGAAACAACUAUGUUAUACUUAUUUCGAUCUGUUGUCAAAGAAAGAGAUUAUAAACCUUCUGGAAGAAAUGAUUUUAUUGACUUAAUGCUUGAACUAAAAGAAAAGGGUGAUUUGGUCGGCGAAUCUAUAGAGAAAAAAGAAGCAAAUGGAGAUCCAGUGAUGAUUAAAAUGGAGUUGAAUGAAUUAUUAAUGACUGCCCAAAUGUUUGUAUUCUUUGGUGCGGGUUUUGAAACUUCAUCCACAGCAUCCAGUUACACUUUACACCAAUUAGCAUUUAAUCCAGAUUGUCAAGAAAAAGUGCAGAACGAAAUUGAUUCUGUGUUAGAAAAGUACAACAAUGUUUUGACUUAUGAUGCUAUCAAAGAAAUGAAUUAUUUAGAAAUGGCGUUCUACGAGGCAAUGAGAUUAUAUCCCUCAGUGGCAUUUUUAAUAAGGAUGUGUACGUCUAAGGAGUAUACGUUCCCAGAACUUGACUUGACUAUCAAUGAAGAUGUAAAAGUUGUGAUUCCUAUUCAAGCAAUACAUAGGGAUGAAAAAUAUUUCCGAGAUCCGGAAAAAUUCGAUCCCGAACGAUUUACCUUUGGGACCAAAGAAGAUAUUAAAAAUUUCGUAUUUUUGCCAUUCGGAGAAGGACCUAGGGCUUGUGUUGGCGCGAGGUUGGGACAGAUGCAAGCAAUGGCUGGUAUAGCGGCGGUCCUGCAAAAAUACACAGUGGAGCCGGCUGCGUGUAGUGUGCAAAACCCAGAGCCAGACCCCUGCGGUAUUGUGUCAGAAGGCUUUGUUGGCGGUUUGCCACUUAGAUUCAAGAGGCGAACUCCACCGCGUUUGUAGGUUGUUGAUUAUCUCCAAAUAGGGCUAAACUGUACUUUCUGGGCCCAGGACACUUUACAUUAGAUAAAGGUAGGUUGUAAGUAGUAUAAGUAAGGGCUAUUAUUGUGUGUGACUAUAACGCGGGCACCAAGCGAGCGUGCUGAGGCAGCAGACGGCGAAGUGAGAGAAAAAUACUUCGUUAAUAGAGACUCUAAGAGAUUGUGAAGUGUCAACUCGAGGGCCCAGUUGAGCUUUACCCCUAUUUGAUUUCAUUUACGUUAAAACUCAUUGUGUUUGCCUGAGUACAGAUAAAGACUAUGAAGUAACUUGUUGCGUUUGUGUCUAUUACAGCUAAUCUCAUAAAAUAUUAUUGUAGUGAUACUCAUACGUUUAUAUACCCACUUUUAUAUUAAACUACACUUACCAUUUCAAUAUCCAUUAGAUUGAUGCCGGGAUCUCCUUUUUCUCCUUUAGGUCCUGCAGGACCUGGAAUUCCAGGUGGUCCUAAAGUUCCUGGACGUCCCUGUAUGGAAACAUUAUUUACCAUGAAUAGACGCAAAUGAAUUAUAUGUGGCUGAUUUUAACGAUAAAUUUUAAAUGAAUGUAGUUUGUAAUUGUUUAUUUCACUUUCUUAAACCUUAAUAAUAACUUUAUGGUAUUUGGAGCUACCUUAUCAGCAAAGUAUUUUACUUGUAUUAGGAAAUUCCGC